GGCCUGGACAUGAAGAAGUCCCAUUUUACUGGACUGAGAGACAUUUGAGCAAAGUAUGUACUAUUGUGUCUACAAGACAUAGUGGAGGAAGUUACUUGAAUAAAGUUGAACUGCUAAAUGGAUGCAUCUCUGUGGCUCAUUCUAAUGUGUUUAUACCUUCAACGCUCAAUGGACCAUGCCACGCUGCUGACGGCUCAAUCAAUGAAGAGAAAGUUAAAAGUAACCAAGAUACAGCAUCGGACGUGUAUAUCGAUCGUGUUUCUGGUGCAAUGUUUAAUGAGAGGAAAAUAUAUUUCACAAAAGGUGCAAGUGAUGCUCAAGCAGAUUACAAUCAGAGUAGAAGAGAUCAUCUUCUCACAUUCUUGAAGGGAAACAAAGAGCAAAAGGCUAUCCUAAAGAAAGAACAGCCAACUCUGUUUAAGUAUUUCAAGGAAGUUUGGAUGGUACGAAAUAGCCAUAUGUUAAAAGGGUUACCUAAGUCAAUAUAUCUUUGCACUCCUGCUAUGCUACAAAAAAGACUGCAUUCAUAAAUUAUGUCAAAAAGGUAAACCAGACGAGGAUAGGCGUUGGUACAAGGAUGGUCCAUUGCUGUCACAUAUUCCCCUCCCAAUUCCUGAGCCCAAACGGCCUUGGGGUAGUAACACUUGCACUGAAUGUCAGUCUUUUUGUGCUGGGCAUUUUCUUUCUCCAGAGGAACAUUUUAAACACGUCUCAGAAUAUGGCACUAAAGAUUGUCAUUUUCCCCCACCAAGCCAGGUAAUAAAAACUGAGUUUAACAAAAAGGCGAGGCAAGCCCAACCACUGGAUGAAGCUACCAAAAUAUGCUUGGCGAAGAAAACUUUACUCAACAAAGAAGAAGUCGAAAUAUGGGUUGAUCACUUGUCGUGCUUGGCAGAACAUAGGCGAGCUGGUGCAAAAAAAGCUGCCAAAACCCGGGCUAAAAAUAAAGGUACACAUGUUGUUGUCAUUUAGAUAUUUGCAGUAUGAUGUUGUCAUCUAGAUAUUUGCUACAUAUAUAUACUGCUAUAGUUUAUAUACAAAACGCAUCUCUCCUUGACAAUGUGUUUGUUUGUUUGUUUGUUUAGCCCAGAAAAGACCGCUCUACUGCUUCUGUCAGAAGCCAGAUGAUGGGGACAAAGCAAUGGUCGCAUGCGACAAUCCUACAUGCAAGUUCCAAUGGUUCCAGUUUGAAUGUAUUGGCCUUGAUGAAGAAGAAGAAUUAAUUGGGGAAUGGUUUUGCCCCUUGUGUGUUUCUACCUAUAAAAACACAAAAUAA